AUGGUCGUACUGCAGUGCUGGUUGAAGGCAAUGUACGGCAAGGUAGCCUCCAUGGCGAAGAUCCCGGAAAGUCGGUCGGCAACGACGAGUAUAACGCUUGUCAGAAAUAAGCGAUGUACGCUCUUAAGCCUGCUCAGUCUCAACUCCAUGGAGGUGCACACUGGAUUCCUGAUCCAGACCAAGCCAACAGUUCACCAAGAAGCUAAGCUGAUCGAGGAGUAUAGGUUGUGUUAUAAUUUCAGUCCUAAAGGAAUCCUUGGACCAAUGAUAGAAAUUCUGACAAGAAAAGACGCUGAACUUGCAGGCUGGUUUUUUGUGGGAGCUGGAAGGCUACCAGAGUUCGCGGACAAAAUCUCUGACGUGAUGUUCAAGAAUCUGAAAUGGACAAUGUAUGAGUUCUAUUCGGCAAAGUAUUCCAAUCUGAAGAAGUCAAAUUUGGAGACUGAACUGCGACAGUGUGAAUCUUGGAAAGGGCUAGUCAUCUUACGUAGUCAAAACAAGAAGAAUUUUGGAGAGUCGGAACAUGCUCAUUACCUCGAUAUAGAGAUCUAUGAAUACGACUCUCCUUUCCAAGUCAAAAAUUUCAUCAAAGGGCUGGUGAGAUUCCAGAAAGGCGAUAACCCUGAUGUCCCGAUCACCCCUUCCACCGUGAAAUCGCCGAUAAAGAACAGCCAAAUUGUGGUAGACCUGAUCUCCGAUGACGAAGAGAUAGAAAAAGAAGGUCAACCACUAGCAACUGAGAAAGUGGCCUCAGAAAAAGAAGAAGUGAAAGAAGAUUUGGUAGGAGAGGAUGAAUCUCUCGUUGAAUUGAUUGAUCGCCGCAAAGGGAUCACUGUUUCUGCAUCAAAUACUGGUGUGAGGCCGAUACUAAGCUCUGAAGCUCCUAAUCAUGCUUCUACAAAUCUCGAAGAUGAUGCGCCCAAAGCAACAAACAGACAGCAAUCCGGUGCAUCUCUUACAGGCAAACGUUCCAGAGAAGAAGGCAGCCAAGAAUCAGAUGAUUGUUUCAUUUCAAACGAUUCCGCUUCCGUUGUUGGCGACGUACACACGGGUGAAACUGAGAAAGGUCUCGGUGGUCGAAAACGAAACAAACACGAAGACUCUGAGAUAGAGGCGGGGAAUGUGAAUCCCACAGCAAGCAUUGAUGAGCAACAAAAUCUAGCGUUAAACCUAGGAGAAAAGGAGGCAGUCGAGGGUGACUCGCAUCCUGGCGCCUGCAAGAUUGGAUCUGAGGGCCAAAGCAAUCAAGAAGAUGAGGAUGAUGUCAGCCUUGAGAAAAUUGUGGAAAAAGCAAGGAGCCUAGACCUGAUUGCAGAGGAUGAGGAGAGGAAUGUGAAUACUUUGGUAGAGGAAGUUUCGGAGCAGGCAAGCUGCAAGGCCGGAGAAGAGCCAGGAGAUGCAGGCAAUGCGCAAGGUGAUCUGGAUGCGAUGAGGGUCGACAUGAAGGAAGGAGAGAAGGAGGCGGGAGACGGGAACAGACAGGACAACACCUUGAUCACUUCACAUGAAUUGAAGUCUGACAAGGUAGGAGAUGAUCAGGUGAUGGAAUGUGAGAAGGAUGGAGUUUCUCAAGUCGAAUCUAAACACGCCGUCAGCAACUCUCAAGUGGACAGUCCAAAACCAGCGAGUCAAGAUUGUGUCGCACUUUCGCAGUCGUUGGCCACUUUUACCCGACAUUGUCAAAUUUACAAGCGGAUCUGGAAUGCCUUCUCUGGUCUUGCCAUUGGUAAGGACAUGCCAGCCAUCUUGAACGCCAGACCGAACGAUUUAAUGAAAGCCUCAAAAAGCAAGAUAUUAGAAGUUGCUCACAGAACAGGGCUCUUCCAACAAGAUAAAGCAGCUAUCCUCAUUUCAAGCUCUUCAAUGUUUUCUAUUAUGCGUGUUGCUUUCAACGCUGAUCAAUGUCAAGCGCAAGGCUUGCUAGUUGGAAAGGAGAAUGCUAAUGGGAGAACAGAGGUUACUGGGGUAGUUCGUCUCGAUCAAACUGAUUGUACGACCUUGGAUAGUGACGCCAUGCGUGGGGCGCUUGCUGGUGGAAUGCAUGGAAGAGUUGUCGGUAUCUUUCGAUCCGGAGAGGACAACGAUAAGAAGUUUCCUGGAGCACCUGAUCUUGAACUCCAAAACAAUGUGGAGAGUGCACAUGCACUGCUUGGGUUGAUCUGCACUGUUUCAAGGUCGAGGAAGGCUAAGAGCAUGUGCGGAAUAUCAAAAAUCACAUUCGUGGGGUAUCAAACAUGCGGAGAAAGGAAGACUUGGAGUAUCGUAGAGGAGCCUUUCUGCCCCGUCUCUUCUCGCAGUGUACAUUCUCAUUCUCACGAAGACAUCAAUGUGCACACUGACGCAUUCGACUUGGCGAGCAUUCAACAAGCUACACGAAAUCUCAGGAUCCAACAAGCAUAUCUGAAAGCGAAAUUGAAUAUUCUAAGGCUCAAGUGCUCUCCAAUCCUUUCACAGCCAAGGAAUACUGUGCCCUUUGCAAUGACCUUCAAUCUUAUCAAGUUGACAGGCCCUAGAAAUUCUUGUACGACUGUGCUGAAAGAGUGUGACGAGAAGACAAAGAUCAACAACCAAGACCCAAACCAAUGCCUGAGUGAAAGCUGCAACGACAACACUCUUGAGCUGAUCUCAGUAGUGCCUGAUGACAGUGCGGGGAAGGAAAAGCUCGAUGCAGGUGAGGAUAGCCUCAAGAACGAGGCGGUGGACUGUAUCAGCGACGCUUCGAAUCCGGACAUAACUGCAACCUGA